AUGUCGGCACUUCUGCAAGGUUUUCAGAAAGCCUGUAAAAACGAAGGAGCAGGCAAAACGGAGGAUCUCGACCAUGGCGGCCAAGGUGCUGCUCAUAUUAUUGCUAUUCAAUGAAGAAGCUACAAUAUAGUGGCUUCAACUACUUCGCUCUUCAUCAGUUUCUUUAGCGUUGCUUGCCAGAAUCCAUCAAGUCGUAAGCCUUUAAUUUCUUUAAACUUGCUUGCCAGAAUCCAUCAAGUCGUCCUCCACUGCUACCAGGUUGUCGCGGUCAUAUCGCGGAUUAUCCAGGAGGCGAGAUCACCGGCUUCCUUCCCUCAGCGAGCUUCAAUUUGGGCACUUCUAUGGUAAAAUUUAAAAAUAUUUGCUUUCAAUUAUGGAUAGUCUUCUUCUUCAUAGUCAAAAAUGUAUAGAUGAACAUAAACACGUGCAGGGAGCUAGAUGUAGAUAGACGGAGCACGGUAUCAUGAUUAACAGCGUGACCUGAAGGAUCCUGCUCAUUUUUAUUCUCCUCUUACUCCUUGAUGUGCCAACAGAUGAUCGGCGAUGACGGAGCCAAAAACGGGCCCUCCUCUCUGGAGUUUGGAGAUCCCGAUCUGGAGUUGGGUACUUUUAAUAAUUACCGCGGUUACGGUUUUGCGGCCUCCUAUAGAUUAUAUAUUCUUGAUGAUGCAGGAGCCAUAGAUGAAUUCAAGUUAUUGAUGUAUUCUCUUGUAAAGUAGUUUUUUCGACUCUCAAGACCAACAUGAGUGAAGAAAACCAUGUCGAUUGCACUUUCCUGUUUCCACAAUGAAUAUGACACAGUGCAGCAGGAAAUGCGUACUAUUCUUGUCAAUAUAUGGAGGCUUGUUCUCUUGGUUGUACUUUUUAGAAGCUGAGGAUGACACAGCCGUCGUAGUGAUGAGCGUUUUUUAAGAUUUUCUUGCGCCCGCGCGCCUAGGCGGCUAAGAGGCACUCUCGCGUCUUCUAGUGUUAUUAGAGGAGUCUCCACCAUGAGUAUUCUACUUCUUUUCUCUAUUCAUUCAGCUAGAGUCGAUGUCUGUCCUGCUUUUCGAAAUUAUCAAUCGUCUGAACUUGUUAGUGGCUCCUUAAUACGACAUCAACUUCUUAUCAAGCUUCCUGUUGGGUAGUUACAGCGCGUUCAUGUUAAUAUCCUAGUGACCUUCUGUGUGGUAUCUGACUAACUUCAUUUUUUUUCUAAUGAAACUAGUUCCGCCCAACAAAUGUCGGACCCCUCCCAAAAAUCUUACCUCACGGGGCAUUACAAAGGGUAUGUUGCCGAAGGGUGGCUCAUGAGGUGGGUAGUUCUCAAGCGACGUAUAUUUUUGGGAGUCUUGUUUGGGUGUCGUGUCCCGGGGUGGGUCCUCGAGGGAGUAUCCAAGUUCGCUGAUCAGGCGGUGGGCCGUCGAGGGUAGCUUCGGCUUGUGAGGGUUUGCCCGGUGGAGCUGGGUCCAGGCCGGCGUAGGUCGGGGGGCCGCACUGGGUGAAGGGUGGUCCAGCGGGCUGCGGGGCUGGCUUGCGUUGUGCGGGUCCCUCCGGCUGCUGACGGGGGCGGAUGGGCGCGCGUGGGCUCGGCCUUGGGUGGGUCCAGCUGCAUGCUGAGGUGAGUGGGGAUGGUUUAACAUUGCUCGACGUGGAUGGAAGCAGGCCAUGGUGAAUGUAAGUAGGCAGAGAUCCAUAGGGCUGUAAGGUGGUCCUUUUCUCAACAUUGCCGGACUCCGCUUUAUAAAUUUUCUCUACCCCUCGCCCCGGUUGAUGUUUUCCUUGUAUUUCUGUGGCUUUUGGCGUCGGGACUUAUCUGGUGCCCAUGAUCGUCCUACGCCGAGUUCUCUUCAGAGUUGAUUCUUACCCGUUCUCGCCAUCAUCCCGCCCCCAAAGAUUAUAGGGCGAUUGUGGUCUUUCAUCAUCGCGACUUUGUAGCUUGACUUAGAAAUAACAGAGAAGGGGCGGACGAUGCACUUUAUUUAAGACAGAAAUCGACAUCCUGGAGCUUUUUUAUAUUGUAUACUCAACGCGUCGUGUAGUGCCUAGAAGGCCUACGAGGUAAUUAGUGGAAGAUAUGGAUAUUCCGCUCAACUUAUUAAGCCAACAAUAUCAAGUCAGUUACAGGCUGCCCACAGGCUAAGUAUAUGGUAUAGUCACGACUUCGAAGAGCAGCACGUUGCGCGCCCUCAACAUUGGCACGCCUAACCAACGCAUCAGGUUGCCGAGAAGAUGAAGCUAAGGAAAAGGCUGCGAAAGUUUCCUAUUUGGCGCAUUAUGGCAGCUGUGACGUCGAUGGUGCUAUGCCUAUGGUAUAUUGUAUCUGUAUCAAUAUUUGUAAUCUAAGUAUUGUUUUGGUGGCUUCAACUUCAUCCGUUUCCACUGCAGUUAUUUCCCGUCACUUCUUUGGGUAUUAUAGAUGAAGAAGGCAUCAUGUAGUAGAAUGUUGAUGGACAAUUCUUGACCGGGACGUUAGCGAGCUCACCUCUUUUUUAUCCUUCUCAUUCACCUAUCUUGUAGGCCCGCGAUGAUAUUGGAGAUCAUGAAGGCAAAGAAGGCACUGCAGGUCUGGGCUUUGGGUCAUCCGUCGAGGACCUUGGAUCGCCUGUCGGAAACAAAGGGGCCGCAGCUGUAUCCACGGAUCGAAUGGCCGUGCCAAAGCUCCCUUCUUACGCGGUAAAAAUAUCUGCCUUGUCCGAUCUUCUUAUAGAUGCGCCUUCGUCCAUUCUUUGUCCAUCUACUUACGAUGGAAAACAAUGCAAGCAGAAAAUAACGAGGGCGACCCCCUGAUCUUUGAUGCUGGGACCAACAUAAGCGGAGGGGUGACUAUGCGAGCAUUGUGAUGCGCUUCCUAACUUUUUUUAGGUAUAACAUAAAUGAUAGUAACUACAGGGCCCACCCCCACGGCCCCGGCGGUCUGGCUCCAUCCCCGGAGAUUAUAGCUGGGGCACGCGUGUGGCCUCGUGCUCUUCAGUGGCGCAGCACACUGGCGGUUUGCCGGUCCUGGUAAAUAGUAAUGCCCGGCCCUAAGAUGUAGCCUCUGCCUCGUUAUUUUUUCUCAUUUCUUGCUCGGGGCCGAAGAGCUCUGCCUGCUUUACUACCAGUGCUGGAGGGGGAUGAAGGCUGCGUCACAAUGAAGCCGGCGGAAGAGAGGCAGAACGGGGGGCGCUGCAAUUAAGUACAAGAAGACAAGCAGGGGCACAGAUCUGCCCCUACUUUAGCAGCUAUGCUGCGGAGCAGAGGCCCGCCUUGGCUCCCUUGUUCACUAGAAGGCUGGCGCGGCUGCUCAGGGGUUUUAGGCCCCCGCCUCUGCUACUAGGAGACUGCAGCCAGGGAAGGGCCUCCGCGAUGGUUCGCGCCGUGCGCAAAAAAUAGCACACAGACAGCCGCGCAGCAAGUGCGCUCGCUGGGGCAUGUGCGCUGGAACCUGAAACUCAAUCUGUUGGCCCCGCUUCUGUUUGCGUCUUGACAAAGUCAGGCCGAAUUUGGCUCGCCGGGUUAAUACAUAGCUCGGCUUGUUCCAGUGUUCCCAGUUUCUAGCUACUUACAACCCCAGUUCCUUGCUUUACUUUUUGUUGCGUGCGCCUUGUGGCGUGGCUUAGUUCUGUGCGCCGGUGCAGCUACCAACGCACACCUCGCUGGAAUGCCGAGCGCGUCGAUGUGUGAUGCUGGUCGGAAGGUCUGGCGCGUGUGGCGUGGGGCGUAAUGAAGAGAAGGGCGGGCAUUGAUUUGUCUGCCACAAAUCGGACACAGCUCACGCAUGAAGGGGCCAAGCCGUAGCCGCUAGUGUUAUCCUUGGCUUGUCAUUUGGUAGCCCGGCUUCUUGUCUGUGGCGCCGUGCAUGUAGAAGCAGGGGCAAAGGCAACUGAGGAGGCGGGGGCCUCUGCUGAUUACUCAGCACUCCUAUUUACUCCGCAUGCGCGUCGGGUCUUCUUGUGCGUAAUCGAAUGGCUUCACGAUCUAGCAGAAAGAAGCUCUGCCGGCCCGUCUUCGCCAGGGCGGGGCGUUUUACUUCUUCCCAGUCGACUUGCAUGGAAGGGGUUGGGGGGUGAAGUCGCGUCCUGGGUCGGUUCGUUAUCAUUUUUUUUUUUUUUUAUAUAUAAGAAUGUCAUCGAGGCUCGCGAUUUACGGGGACUGCCCCUGGCCAGGCGGUAGUGACUAUUGAUUUAGUGAGAGUAAGUUUUCUUUCUUGUGCUGUUCGGCCGCAGCCGUUGCUGAUGCUGCACUAGUGCGGGGGCACAGAUAGAGCCCAUACCCGCCCGCGCCCCCUGGUCGCGCUUCUCAAUCAGUUCCACCACUUCCCUACCCGCCCUAACAUUUCUCCCCCUUUGCACUUCUGCCUCCUGUGCUCGUUUUUGAUUAUUUGUUGCUUGCUUCGCCCGAGGCUGGGGCUAUGAGUCUACUUUUAAGGCGCCGCUUAGGUAGUCUCUCCGCAUUCUCUAUGCUUUUGGGACAGGCGCCAGAAGUUUUUGCUGCGCGGCGUAGGUGCGUUGGUUCUUUGCUUCUAUUCUAAGUCACCAAGUCUUUUGAUUAAGGUGAAGCCCGCCCUUGCCUCCCUCGUGCUCGUUAUGCAGCAGGACACUAAGAAAGUACACAGGUUGUAUCAUGUGGCAACUUUUAUUACCGCCCACACUUUUCGCGACAGCAGCUUCGCAGCCUGUCUGUGAUAAAUCAGAGUAAGGGGAGGCACUCAUAGGGCGACAGCCAGGCAAGUAGCCUCUAACUAGCUUGUGCCGAUGCUCUUGGGGGGGAUUCUGCUGCGGUGAGGUUAUUGGUGGCGCCUUUUUAUCGCAGUUGCUGCAGGCAUGGCCAGGCCCUGUGCCAUUGGGCAACGAGAUCGAGAAGGGCCUUAGAGGUAGAAUGGGUUUGAUGAUGAACAAUCUUGGGCAAGAGCGACGCAGGCGCCACUAGGCGCACACCCGAAGACUGGGUGAAGCGUCACCUUCGGGACAUGAUUGGGCUUCGUUGUGGGCUUACUUUCUCGCUUCAGCGUUGGGCGAUGUUAGCCUCGACAGAAGUUAAGCUGGAUGGCUCAGGGGUAUCGUAUGUCCCUGUGAAGCAAGGUGGCUGAGACUUGCACAUAGACUCUGGCUCGAGUGUCGCUAGGUUGAUAAUAGUGGAAAUCCCAUGAACGAGAAGACCCCCGAGGCAGCUGGACGACGCGCGGCGCCUAUAAUGGACGGACCCCAUAGCAUAAAUUUCUUCUAGCCUGUUAAUAAGACUAAACUUUUCUACCUCUCCUAGUUUCAUCGGCUCUGCCAGUGCUUGUAACAGUUGAAAGCUGGCGCCUCAGCCUGGGUUGACUCACUGUGGCUCCGGCUCAUUUUUAACAAGAUAGAGCAGGGGCGUGCCGUAGCCGGCUCUAGUAUUUUUCUGGGCGGGUCGAUUACAUUAGGCCCCCGUCCUCCCCCUUGGCCCCCGUGUGUCAUCUUUGUCAGAAGUUGAAGUUUUUUUUAUUCACAAUGCCUCCGCGCGGCUUAGAGCCGCUUUUUUCUUCUCUCUAAUUUCUCUCUCGUCCAAGAGCUUCUCGCGCUGUGUGUCGUGGCUUGUGGCUAGGUUGUGUCGGUUUGGUUGUGGUUCUUCUUCGUAACAAGUAGAGCCAGCGGGGCCGACAACUAUGCGCGACGACCCAGGCGCGAGAACUCUUAGCCAAGUACAGCGCACGGCCGCGGGGGACAAAGUGAUGUGCGGGUGGGUGCUUGUUUCGCUGCAGUUUUCGGGCUGUAGGGCUCAGCCUUUUCAGCUAAGUAUCUAAUUCCCCACGAUUGACCAGCGGGCGGCUUCGGGCGGCCUCCUCUGAGGGGUUGUUAGCUCUUGCUCAGGGCGUCUCUUGCUUCGUUGUGGGUGCUGGCUUUGUGAACGUCUGCACUUUUGGGGAGGUUGUGUGCUCGUCAUGACAGACGGCGGCGGCAGCAUCGCGGGCCGCUGUGGGAUGUGGUUGGCCGCGGAGUGCGUGCAUCGCCGCAGCGGCGCCAGGAGCCUUGGGCAGGGCUUGGUGAUUCUUUGCAGCGAUUCAGGCGUGAGGGUUUGUGCCUUUUUUGAAACUUGGCGAGGAUUGGUGGGCGUGGCGAGUCCUCGAGAAAGGAAGCGUGGGCGCCGGCCCCGGGUGCCCUGCGUGUGAUUCGCUUGGCGUUGAUGAGUGGCGCUUCCAUCGUCGCGGCCUUCGCUCGGGGGGGAUUGGUUUUGGUAGUUGUGUGACUUGUGCAGGGCAGUUCGCGGCGGCCGGCUUCUUGGCGUUGUUUUUUGGGAGUCUGUCAAGUGUUGCGUGCCGAGGGGUGUUUUCUUGUUGCGGGUUGGUUCGUUGGUUGUGUGUCCUUCUUAUGCUUUUUGGGGUGACGAGGGCGAGGCGCCUCGUUUGUUCCUUUCGUAAGUUCUUUAGCGGGGCUCCGGGGGGGCUCGGGCUUUCUUUCGUGUUCUGGCGGGCUUGUUUCGGGGCGGGCGCGGCGAUCGCUGUCGGCGGGUUGGUUCUUGGGUGCCGUAUGGGGGUCGAUGGAAGGAUGGAUUGCUGGCAGCCGUGCUUGCUCUGGAUGUUGACAUCGGGGAGGCAAUUGCUGAAACUUCCGGCAGGCCGCGCCUGUGCAUAGAUAGGUGGUAGGUUGGACCUGGGGACGGCGAGGCCCGUCGACUAGUGGGCGGCGACAGCUUGGCCCCACUCUCAGCGAGAUAGGCCUCACACUUGGGCCCAGCGGGUGGGCUGGUAGGGUAGACGGGCGGGUCGGUAGUGUAGACAGCAGGUGGGCUGCUAGGGUAGGCGGGUGGGUGGGUAGUAUAGACAGUUGGGCUUCUGGGGUAGACGGCGGGCCUUUUGGCGUGGGCCGUGAGCUCGUGCUGUACGUAAACGGGUGGACCUGUUGGCGGAUGGGCUUGGCUGUCGAUAGGUGGGCCUCACGGUGGACACCGGGGCCUGGCUGUGUGCCUGGGGGCUUGGCUGUGGACGGCUGGGAGGGUCCGUUGAUCUGCCUUUGGGUGGGUGGGCUUGUUGAUGUGCGGACAGGAGGGCCGACACCUGGACAGCCGGGCUUUUUGGUGACAGCUGAGCCUACGUCGGGAGGCGGUUUUCUCAAAGCUGCACGCCGGGGGCUGUCGUUUUCUGGGCGAGGUUUUCUGAAUGCCGGCUCCGGGAGAUUGAUCCCACCCCUGGAAGCCCAGUCGAUUCUGGGGAGCCGAUGGAUUGGGAUAUCUGGAAGUGGAUUGCUGGAUGUCGAUUGCUGGCAGCUGAUUGCCGGAGCCCGGCCGCAUGCUGUAUGCUACUAGUUACCGGACCCCUAGCUAUUGCUGAAGCUUUGUCUUUGCUGCCUUGCAUGAUAUUUCGUGGUGAGGCUUUAUCAAUCUCUGGAGCCCUAUCGCACUAGCCGGGGCGCUGGCGAUUUGGUUCCGGGACUCUAUUUCUGGAGCCUUAAUUCUGGACGCCGAUUGGCUUCUGGGAGCGUAUUUCUGAGGCCCCGUGUCUGGAGGCCUCUUUCUGAGUUCUCAGUAUUUUAUAUUUUAUUUCUGUAAAACAGGCACGCGACUUCGAUGCGGGGAGAGGUAUGAGGGGCGGCGCGCUGAGUGGCGUGCGUGGUCGGUUGUUGGUGGCUUUUCUGGGAUCGUUGUUCGCCCUUGUUUUGUCCGCCGCGCUUUUGCUAGUAUUGUUGCCGCUGGUGAUUUCUCCUGAAGAUGCACGCAGACGCGGAAGCAGCUACAACCUCUUCAACCACUUCUACGGGGAGGGCGAUUCAAGUGCUACUUCGUUCUCCUCGGUUCUGGAAAUGGGUUCCGAAGCUCGAAAGUUGACCCCACUUCCUCGCCGCAUUACAUCAAAUGCAGCGCUGGAUGCUUUUUUGGCGGAGAAAUUUCAGGAGGGGAAGGAGGGUGCUUUGGUGUCCAAGUACGUACUAGCCGACCAAUACAAAGGGCUUACGGAUGGGACUCAGGAUGGUGAGCGCAUCACGCUUCCGAAGCCUUGGGCGGUUACCGGUGAGGAGGAAUUCAGGGUGCUGCCGCAGGGCCGAAAAGUGAACUUGGAAAAUCUCGGCACUGAGGGAGAGAAAAAGUUUCCAAAUAUCCACGCUCUCGACGCAGAAACCCUCCAGGAGGCGCAGGGGCUUUUUCUGAACUUGCGGCGCCAGCAAUAUAUCGAGAAGACCAAAGAGCAACAGCAAGGGGAAGGGGGUGCCCCUUUUAUUGGUAUGGAAGAUUAGCGAAGGUGCUCGGCAUAGCUAGUUGAGGCGUGUACUAUUUAGCCGGCGUCGGUUGUCGCCGCAACUGGGUCCUUAUUCUGGCAUAGUUUAUAGACGCAGGGCACGGUGGGCGGCGACGCUGGGCCGCUGGGCGACCGCGCUUGGUACGGUGGGCGGACCUUUGGCACACAUGGGUGGCACGCUGGGCGCGUAGAGCAUUGUGCCGCUGCUUCUGCCAAUGUACAGGGCCGCAGUCGAGGGCGGCGCGACGUUGUGCUCCUUUGCGGAGUGGCCGUGUUCUCGCUGCUUGCGGUGCUUCGCUGCUGUAUGCAGUGCCGCCUGGGUGUGUAGAGUGCGGCGCAGCGCUGCGGUGCGCCUCAGUGCUCUGCUGCAAUGUGCAGCCAGUGCUGCGGAGGGAUAUCCCAAGGCGGGCCGGUAGGUGGGCGCCCCGGUCCGUAUGCAGCUUGCUGCGGAUCCAGGGCGCACGCGCUUACUCUGCCGGGGGGAUUCAGAAAUGGGCGCCCAAAAGGCGCCCUGAUUUUUGGCCCCGGGUCUCACGGUGGGCACACAGUUGGCGAAAUCUUUCGCAGAAGACCCACUUUUGGGCCGCCCAGCGGCCCAGCGUGCCAAGUGUGCCCACCGGGCCCAUUAUGGAGGGGGAAUAAGCUUGCUUACGUUUUCGAAUUCGUAUCCCUGGGGCUUGCGCAUCGAUCCUACACGCAGCGCACGCGACCGGCCGGCGCGUGUGGUCUUCCUUACUCAGAAAUCACGGUCUGGGCUUCAGUGUUCAGACUUCAGCACUCAGCAUUCUAUUUUCAGUAUUUACAGCAGUAGGAAUACUCCGCAUUCUGCUGCAUUCUUUUCUUCUCUCUCCCUCCACUCCCUUUACUGUCUCCGUGACGCAUAAGCCUACCUGUGGCAUUCGAUUCACGCGCCCUUUGGCGUCAGGCUUUUCUUAUCUCGCGACCCAUUUGCUUCAUCGAAGUUCGUUGGUCCGAACGAAUCUCAUGCCGCCUGUGGGCUAGUCUGUCACCCCGACAGGGCUGGCAAAAUAAUGCUCGCCCUCUUAAUAUGAUGCCAGCACCUUCAAUUUACGCCUCAACCUCUUCCGCUCGCUGUUGCGGCCCAAGCUUGUCCAGCGGAAGUGGCCCAAAUGCGGAAGAAAUGGCUUGGGCUCAGAUCGAACGCUCAGAGGAGGAUAAUCGCUUUUGCCGGUUUAUAGGCCAUGGCAGAAAGGCGGUGAUUCAAGACGGCAAAGACCAAGCAGUAACCCCGAGGGAGCGGGAGGUGGGUAGCCUUGACCACAAAAAAUUUGCCGUGGAAAUCAAGAAGAGCUGCUGGGCGGUUGUGAUUGACGGGGACCAUCUGCGUUCUGAUGGGUUCAGUGCUGUGAUCCCGUUCUUAAUGAAAGAGGGCGUGACGGUCUUCAGCGUGAAGAAGUGGACCGACCAUCUCCACGGCCUGAUUCCGUACCUCUAUUUCCAGUCUUUCGAGGUUCCCAAUGAUGAAGCGAAGAAUGGCAGUGGAAAUCCAAAUGAGUACACUUUCAAACUCCAAAAGACAAAGGGUGCCGGGCUUGCUGACUUGUUUGACACGGAGGAAGCCUGGGGAAAAGCGGUGAAGAACUUCCAUUACGUGAUGAUAAGCCCGGCCCUGGAAAAGGAGGUCGAGAAUAUUUUCUCUGAACGGUUUGACGACUGGCGCACGAAAAUCCACGAAAAGGCGGGGAGGGCACUGCUCCCGGGAUUGGAAUUAUCGAGCACAGAGGAAAAUAAAGUGAUGUACACUUACGCCGGCGUGAGCAUCGACGAGUCCCCCCCUUUCGCAGUUAAGGGCACUGCUGUGCAAAGAAUCUCCCAGCCGAAGAGAGUCAUCAGCUUCGGGCUGUUUAAGAUGCUCUUCUGGGACGUCAUGCUCUGUAGCAAAAUUUCUGAGGAUCAUAACGUUAAGGCCACAAGUAAUUCAUUUCGUUUCAAGCGCCGUUUUAUAUUCUUGUAAAGCGGGCUUCAGAAGUGAACUGUUUGCCGGAGCUCUAAAAAUGGGAAUGCGGGCGCCUUGGUCAUGCAGACGGACGCGGGGUGCGUUGCGCACGAGACGACGCUCUACACGAAUUUCUUGCGAAAGGAUUUCAAAAAGCUUCAGAACUUGCUGCCUUUGUUCCAGAAAAUUGGGGAGGCGUCGGGUGGAGUUUUCAAGUUUCACGAGAUGCAGUUCUCUCCGUAAAGAUUAGAACUAGUCCGCGCUGUGCGAGGAGGAGGAGGCGAAAAAGCGCGAACGAGAAACGAGAGGUGGGCGGUUUUUGAGCUGAGGUAGUUUGGGUCUUAAAAGUGCUAUCGCUUGGGGCUCAUUCCCGUGCGGGUGUGUCCCGGUUGUCUUCGGUGCGAAAAGUAGGAGACUACUUUAGAAAGGCACACCGAGCGGGGGAAGGAUAUUGCGUCUGAUCUACCUGGCGGGGCGUUGCGUAAUGCGCGCCCUCGGUGAUGGUGUAGAAGUUGCGUAAUUUAUUUUGUCCUACCAUGGAGUAAGAUUUUUUUUAGAUUUUUUUUUCGGAUGAAAAAGUAAAAUAUGAAUUAGAGUUUUACUAAUAUUAUGAUGUAGCUGUAGAAGGGGAACAAAUCGCUCAGUUGAAUGGUUCUGGUAUUUGGUAACCUGAUUUCGAUCAUAAUGAAAACAAGAAGAGAAUCCUUGGGAUCAAAUUGAUUCAGGCCAGCAAAUACCAGAGCCAUACCUCAGCUGUACUAGACGUGGAAGUAGAUUGGUCGCGAAGAUGUAGUGGGCGCAUUCCUGUGAAAAAAUAAACGUAGCUCGUAGUAGACGUAAAAAAUUGAAACUUUUGGCAGGUGGAUGAGCCAGAAGUGAGUAUAAUUAAGUCUAGUAAACUUAGACGAUCUAGAACUAGAUGCAGUAGUGCUAGCAAGUAAAAAUCUAGAAGUGCAAGUGUAGUAGUAUUUGUAUCUAUAUAUAGUCAUUCAAUUAUUUAUAGAUGGCGGCAUGGCCACGAAAUGGACUAGAAGUAGUAGAGGUGGAAGACGAAGUUGUACUAGUAGAUGCUGGAGAACAAAUUGUAGUAGUACUAGCGGUAGUUAAAGUAAAGCCUUUACUGUAAAGGUAGCCUAAGAACAGAUACAGGUGAAGGACAAGUUAUGGUAGCAAUAGCAGUCGUAGUAGAAUCAAAAUGUCAUAAGUAGAACAAGUUAUAGUACUAGCACUAGCAAUAGUAGUUGAAAAUGCCGUACUUAUGAAAAAUGAAGAACGUCAAGUUGUAGAAAUAAUGACGUACUUGUAGAGAUAGUAAGUUGUUGUAGAGAUAAUGAGAAUGGCGCUGUACUAGAACAAGUUGCAAGGGUGACGUAGUAACAAGAGUAGUAGUGUCGGGAAACCAAAUGUCACCUCUGAUUGAAUUCUUGAAAUUAUUUCUAACGAAAGCUGUCUCUGUCUUUCCUAUUCUAUCUUCUUAUCGUGUCUGGAGUCUAUGCAUUAAGGAAAGGGUUAAGCACUUAUAUAUAUAUAAUGAUAAUCUUAUCAUGUAUUGAAUGUAAGAAAAACAAGAACCGUUACCAUUUAUUAUUUUUUCCAUCGGCCUCCAGUUCAUCCACGAGUCAAUGGAUCAUAUCACUGUAAGAAAAACAUGCAAGAAAAAGGAAAUGAAGCAAUCUGAAUCUUAUGGUUAUGUAGUUGCAUCAUGCACAUAUGCGCCUAGUAUUUCGUCCGACGACUUAUGAAAAUACCUGAGUUACUGACUGCAGACUGGGGGACGUAGCUCUACAAGUAGGCUACUCUUUGUCGCUCUUCAGUAUCAAGCUUGGCCAUUCUCGUCGAGUACUUGCUUCUCUCAUCCCGCCGAUGGCCUAGUAUGGUCGUUUGGGUGGAUGCAGUCUGAUGAUGCUCUUUCAGUUUCAUAUCGAACAAAUCCACGAGCAGCCUGGAGGCAAUAUUGAUUGAUACUGGACCCUUUCCAGAAGACACACAGGAUUGGCGGCCUUGAUUAGUGAUAUUUUCUUGCACUUUUGGUCUCCACGUAUUCAUCAGGCGAAAAUAGGGA